AUGUUACCUGACUUUGAUCUGGUGGGUUCUUGCAAUGGAAUCCUCUGUCUGUACAGCACCGUCUCCGACGAUCCACUCUACAUCUACAACCCUUUCUCCAGCUCUGCACAUGGCAAGGAGCUCCCCAAGCUCACGGUACAUGACACUGACACAAUCUGCAGGGUGGUGUUUGGGUUCGGAUUCCAUUCGCGGACAAAGCAGUACAAGGUAGUGAAAGUCGUGUACUACAAGCAAUCGGAGUACGACUUCUCUGGAGGAAACCCUGAAGCCUUUGUGCUGACUCUGGGGACAGAUGACGAUGAGUGGAGACGACUGGGGCGAAUCGCGUACGUUCUUGCUGGUCCAGCAUCGGAGGCAACGGUGGAAUGCAGACUUCACUGGAAGAGCUGGAACCUGGGAGAUGAAGGUGUGGUGUCGUUUGACUUGGAAACUGAGGAGUUCCAGGUCGUGCCUGGACCGAAAGAUUGCAGCAGCUUUGAUCAUCUGGUGAAUUUGAGAGGUAAUCUCUCUGCUGUCGAGUUGAGCAGCGAUGGAUCGGUUGGAGUGUGGGUGAUGAGAAGAUACUGUGUGAAGGAAUCUUGGAGCAAAGAGUUUGCCAUCCCGAGCCAUGUCCCUCGGAGUUAUAAUAUGGAGGGCGGGGCGCCACCAACUAGGAGGAAGAAGAAUGGGAUCAAAGGGAGGUCAUUCAAAGUUCUGUGGGAGUUUAAGGAUGGCAAGGUUCUGUUUCUUUACAGGAGCAAGUGUGUGGUGGUUUAUGAUCAGGUUAGUGGAGGGUUUGAGGACGUCUGCAUUCGAGGGCUUCCCCAGGAGUUUCAAGCAUUUGUUCAUAUGGGAACUCUAAUCUCCAUGGAUCCAGUUAGCAACACUCAGCAUAGAGCAUAA